AGCAUCACCUCUGAUCGAACUUCGCGAACAACCCAGCAUUUUUUAUCCCCACUGGCACCCGUACCUCUAGAAAGGUAGCAAGAUGGCUGCGGAGCCGAACAAGACAGAAAUUCUGACCAUUUUUAAAAGACUACGGUCUAUUCCAACUAACAAGGCGUGCUUUGACUGUGCUGCCAAGAACCCCAGCUGGGCCAGUAUACCAUAUGGAGUGUUUCUGUGCAUCAACUGCUCUGGCAUUCAUCGCUCUCUAGGAGUGCACCUCAGCUUUAUCAGAUCCACUGAGCUCGACUCCAACUGGAACUGGUUUCAGCUGAGAUGUAUGCAGGUCGGAGGCAACGCCAACGCGACGGCCUUCUUCCGCCAGCAUGGCUGCUCCACCAACGACACUACCGCCAAGUACAACAGCCGCGCGGCACAGAUGUACCGAGAGAAGAUCCGACAGCAAGCCAACACGGCGCUGUCCAAAUAUGGGUCUGACCUGUGGAUUGACCAAUCCAGUGUGAGCAGCCAGCCUGCCGCCCCAGAGAAGAGACAGGCAGACUUCUUUACUGAGCAUACUCAGCCUUCAAACAGCUGGGAUGUGACGGCUCCUUCCCUGACAGAACACAAUGGAACCCUCACUCCUCAACUAUUGGAGGACACACCCAAAGCCCCCCACACCGCCAGCACUCAGCUGGAGGAAGGACCAAGCAUUGAGGGACUGAGCACUGAGCAAUCUCCCAAAGUCACUAUGGAGGACUCCAUGCGUUUGUCGUCAGAUCAACCACAGCUACCCAAAGAUGUGAAGCAAUCCAUCAUUGGGAAAAAGAAGCCCAGCACUACUAAGAAAGGGCUGGGUGCUAAGAAGGGCCUGGGGGCCCAGAAGGUGAGCAGUAAGAGCUUCUCGGAGGUGGAGAAACAGGCCCAGGUAGCCGAGAAGCAGCGAGAGGAGCAAGCAGCUGAUGCUAAGAAACAGGCAGAGGAGUCCAUUGUGGCCUCCAUGCGCCUGGCCUACAAGGAGCUGGAGAUUGACAGGAAGAUGGACAACAAGAAGAUGCAGAACAUGGAGGGUAAGAAGAGAGAGCAGGCUGAGAGACUGGGCAUGGGCUUCGGCAACCGCAGCACCAUAUCUCACUCAGUGAUGUCAGAGAUGCAGGUGAUUGAGCAGGAGACGCCCUUGGGGGGCAAGUCCUCGCCUCGCUCCAAACUGGACAUGUUGGAUGAACCGGGCUUCUCCUCCGGACCCCCUAAGUACAAGGACAACCCGUUCACGGCGGGCGACGGCUUCGGCUCGCGGUGGGACUCUGAUGGGGGAGUGGCCUCCUUCACCUCCUCCUGGGCCCUGGAGAAUGAGGAGCCUAAAGAGGAGGUGACAAUCUCCAGCAUCCAGCCUAUCGGAGAACGGCCCAGUCGGCGGAAGGCGGAGGCGGCGGCGCCCGUGUCCGAGUCGAGCGAGGCCCGGCAGAAGUUUGCCAACGCCAAGGCCAUCUCUUCCGACAUGUUCUUUGGCCGCGAGAGCUAUGCCGAGUAUGAGGCCAAGACACGUCUGGAGGGCCUGUCUGGCAACACGUCCAUCAGCUCUGCUGACCUGUUUGGGGACGGGAGUGACCGUGACACAGGGGCAGCAGGUUAUGAGAGUGUGCUGCCGACAGGGCCAGACAUUGCUCAGUUCAAACAGGGGGUGAAGACUGUGGCGGGCAAGAUGGCCGUGCUGGCCAAUGGCGUCAUGAACACCAUACAGGAUCGCUAUGGCGCUUACUGAAGAGACCAGGAUGACCAACACCCAGCUGCAGGGGGAGAGGGAGCCAUGACGUCAUACUGACAGAGAGUGGAGGGGAGGGGGGGCACAGAGCACAUCACUACUGACUGGUAUCUGUAGUGAGAGAAGGGAAGAGAGAGUGCAUGAAUGGAGGGAGACCCUACACCGUGUCUGUCCAUCCACCUUUUAGAGUGAGACAAAGUUUUAUUUUCAGCGAAGAAAGCUCUGGAAGGUGUAAAGUAUUUUUUUUUUCUGUUCUAACUAGUCUUGUUUUCUAUACUGUUUUGGUCUCUGAUUUCAAACAAAAUAUAAACGAUAUAAAGUAUUCUCUAAGAAUGAUAUGAUAACCAAUCCUCUCUGUUGAACUAUGCUUUUUGACAUUGUUUUUACUGUGUGUUUUCAACCUCGCUGUUUUAACAGACGUUUAACCAUUCAGCAUUAGCAUCAUCAAAGGGAAGCUGUUGUCCAGUACGGUUGAUUAUCUCUCUUCAUUUUAGUUACCAUGACAACGGAUGACAUUCUCUGGUCGAAUGGAGUCGAGUUAAUCACACAAAGUUCCAUUGUAAGAAUGUUUUAACUGAACUCCACACAGCAUGACUCUAAACACAACACCUCCACUCUGACUGAGUGACGCAAUCUACCAAGGUCAGGAGAUGGACGGGGAACGGAGGGGGGGGUUAUACCUAGCCCAUCUUGCAGUGCAAUAUGAGUUCUUCACCAGGGUCUGAAAGGUUUUCAGUCGGGUCAGAAGAAUUGUUGGCUUUCAGCCUUUGUCAAUGGAAAGAGUUCAGUGUGUGUGUUUCUUAGGAAUGAUCGGGUGCUUUGACUGAAUGGUCGAUGCUGGUAAGAAUGUGGAUGGUGGUCUCCUUCAGUCCAUACUUGACCAGUCACUGGGUUUACAGAAUCACACCACACAAACUUUGGGAAGCCAUAGUAACCUCUAAUGUUGAGAAACACACUUGUAUAGAAUACAUGAAGACCUGGAUCUGAGUUCACACGGUCUUUUGUUUCUACCCUAAGAUAAGUUACUUAGACAUGGGAGGGAAUGCAACUCAGCUGUGUUUCUGCAUAAUGCUCUUUUCUAUUGAGUUUCUGUUCUAAAUGGGAGUUUGAUCCCUCAUUCUGUUCUAAAUGAGAGUUUAAUUCCUCAUUCUGUUCUAAAUGGGAGUUUGAUCCCUCAUUCUGUUCUAAAUGAGAGUUUAAUUCCUCAUUCUGUUCUAAAUGGGAGUUUGAUCCCUCAUUCUGUUCUAAAUGGGAGUUUGAUCCCUCAUUCUGUUCUAAAUGAGAGUUUAAUUCCUCAUUCUGUUCUAAAUGGGAGUUUGAUCCCUCAUUCUGUUCUAAAUGGGAGUUUGAUCCCUCAUUCUGUUCUAAAUGGGAGUUUGAUCCCUCAUUCUGUUCUAAAUGGGAGUUUGAUCCCUCAUUCUGUUCUAAAUGGGAGUUUGAUCACUCAUUCUGUUCUAAAAGGGAGUUUGAUCCCUCAUUCUGUUCUAAAUGGGAGUUUGAUCCCUCAUUUUGUUCUAAAUGGGAGUUUGAUCCCUCAUUCUGUUCUAAAUGGGAGUUUGAGCCCUCAUUCUGUUCUAAAUGGGAGUUUGAUCCCUCAUUCUGUUCUAAAUGGGAGUUUGAUCCCUCAUUCUGUAC